AUGAUGUUCAGAAGCAUCAACUUUACCGCGUCGGUUGGACGGCAACGGGAGCCUUUUCUCGCGCUCAAAGAGAGGAGGAAACGAGAACAACGAAGAGUCUCCUCCUUGAAAGCAGUUUCAGCCGCGCAGAUAACAUUCGUCGACCCGGACGGGAAGGAAAUCUCAACCUCAUCCUCGAGUGGAAUCUUGAGAAAUCUCGCGCUGGAAAACAACGUUGAAAUCUACGAAGGAUUCAACAAACUCCUCAACUGCGGCGGAAACGGCCAAUGCGGGACGUGUGGGAUGAUUAUCACCACCGAUGGAAAAGAUGUGUUGAGCGCACCGACCGAGGUGGAGAGAAAGAAACUCGGGGAAGCAAAGUUGAAUAAAGGGUAUCGAUUGAGCUGCCAAACGGAGAUUCUGAGCGAGAGCGAAGCGGAGAAUGCGAUCAAUAUCACGUGCAAAACGAAACCGCCGAAGAAGUGA